AUGGCGCACUCCCUGCGGCUCUGCGGUGCACAGCGGCUUCUCUCCACAUCCCGCGCAUUUUUGCAGCCUGCGUCGCCGUCAUCGCAGCAGCUGUCGCAACAGGCCCAGGUGAUCAGCGGCGUGCGACUAGCUUUGCCGCACGCGCAGGAGGCCGUCGCACGGUGGUCGUCGCGAAGCGCUGUGUCUGUGCGAGCAUCGAGCGGGUCGUCCGUCAUGGAGGCGGAGAGCGGAAGCGCAGCCAAUGCGGCGGAUAAGGCGCCGCUAUUGACGGACGCGCGGGCGCUGAUCGACAGCGUGGAGACGUUCCUCUUCGACUGCGACGGUGUCAUUUGGAAGGGUGACAAGCUCAUUGACGGCGUCCCGGAGACUCUUGACAUGCUGCGAGCAAUGGGCAAGCGGCUGGUGUUCGUGACGAACAACUCGACCAAGUCGCGCAAGCAGUACGGCAAGAAGUUCGAGUCCCUAGGACUUGCCGUUACCGAGGAGGAGAUUUUCGCGUCGUCGUUCGCGGCGGCGGCGUAUUUAACGUCCAUCAACUUCCCGGCGGACAAGAAGGUGUACGUGGUGGGCGAGCAGGGCAUCCAGCUGGAGCUGGACCUUGCUGGCGUCAACCACAUUGGUGGCCCGGAGGAUGGAAAGAAGUCGAUUGACUUGGGGCUGGGCAAGUACAUGGAGCAUGACGCUGACGUGGGAGCGGUGGUGGUGGGCUUUGACCGCUACGUCAACUACUACAAGCUGCAGUACGCCACGCUGUGUCUGCGGGAGAACCCCGGGUGCCUCUUCAUUGCCACCAACUGCGAUGCCGUGACGCACCUGACAGACGCACAGGAGUGGGCGGGGGGCGGCACGAUGGUGGGCGCAAUCAAGGGGUCGACCAAGAAGGAGCCCGUGGUGGUGGGCAAACCGUCCACCUUCAUGAUGGACUACCUCGCCAGCAAGUUCGGCAUUGCCAAGAAUCAGAUCUGCAUGGUGGGCGACCGCCUGGACACGGACAUUCUCUUUGGGCAGAACGGAGACUGCCGCACGCUGCUGGUGCUCUCAGGAGUCACGACUCUGGAGACCCUCAAUAGUCCUGAAAACACUAUCCGCCCUGACUUCUACACAUCCCAAAUCAGCGACCUGCUCUCUGCUGCAAAAUAA